CGACAUACAAAAAUUACCCUUCCUUUUUGUUUGUUACCAAAUCGCCAUUUCCUCCCGAUGUAACCAGCGCCGAGCACCGUUAAUUUGCAAAUCUCGUUACAUGAACCGUUUUGAAUUCCACUAGAUAUCCUUUAAGAUCAACUUUGUGCUUUGGAGAAAAAAAAAUGGGAGUAGAUCCGCAGGCUGAUUUUAUACAGAUGUUAGUGGGUGUUUUCUGCAUCGUUUGCCAACAGAAUACUCCCACUCAUUAGAGAGAAUGUGGCCCAAUCAGUUCUGAGCUUCCCCAGGAUGUGGGCCCUCUCACGGAUCUUGAAAGCUCAAACCCCCCACGAAACCAGUGAAAGGUAGCAAGAAGAAUUAGGAGCACUGGGACUAAAGUGGCUAAGGCACUUCUGUAAGUUUUGUUUAUUUUUACAAAUUCGUAGUUUCUGUUGACAGAGAACUUCUCUCUCUCUCUCCCUCUCCCUUCUCCUUGACGUUGACGCCAGCUCUUUCAGAGUUUGGUGGCUCGCAACAUGCAGGAGGAUUCCAACUCUCCGUUCUCUCCCGUGGACAGCUCAAGCAACAGCGAGGGAGAGCAGGACUCACAGCAGAAACGAAUCGGCAGGAAGCGGCGCUCAGGCCAAAGGGCUCACAGGCCCAGCACUGGGAAGAAGGGGAUGAAGAUCUCUCCCCUCGCCCAGAGUCUGGAAGAUAUUCAAACCCAGAGGGUCGUGGCGAAUGUGAGGGAACGCCAGAGGACACAGUCUCUGAACGACGCCUUUGCCACGCUGCGGAAAAUCAUCCCGACUCUGCCCUCGGACAAACUCAGCAAAAUCCAGAUCCUGAAGCUAGCUGCCAGGUACAUCGACUUCCUGUACCAGGUGCUGCAGAAUGACGAGCUGGACAGUAAGGUGACGAGCUGCAAUUACCUCUCACACGAGAGACUCAGCUACGCGUUUUCUGUCUGGCGGAUGGAGGAGUCGUGGCCCUUGUCUGCUGGACCUUAGCAUUUGCUGCUGAGCAGGCACAAUAUUAUGCGACGUGGAAUUUCUACACCACUGCACCAAGAGCAUUUUAAAGUCGGCCUCGUGUUAGCAAAAGUCAAGAGCACUUAAAUACCAUGCUGGGGCGAUGGACAUGAAGAUACCUUGGACUAAACUGGGACAUCAGACGACAAUAGUCUGUGGAUCCAUUUUUAAAUAUUUAUUUGCAUGUCUCCUGCAAAGCUUUAAUUCCACCGUGUAUCGUGUGGCGGGACUGGGAAAUGAUUUUUUGUUGUUGUUAAAAAAGGAAGAAAACCACGGACAAAGGAAUAUAAGCAGGAGCUUUGUUGUGGAAUAUUAUUUUUUAUAUUUUGAUUGGAACUUUAUUUCCGGAGAAUGAGCUCUGAAUGUUGUGAACCGUCUUAUUAUUUUAAGAAAAGUUCUAUCGCAUCCUGUGUUUUAUAAUAAAAGCAUAUUGCGAACACUUCUAA